ACUCAAGGUCGCUGGACUGAUGAAGCGGCACAGUUGUAAAAAUGUUGUCAUUUGUUUAUCGAAGACUUUUGGGUCGACUCUACUUUCGUACUUCUAAUUUGAAUACAUCUUUCCGAAUUCCUGUUUCUAAGGCUUUUGUUUCAACCUCGCCGGCCUUUGUAUAUAGAUCUCAUGCUUGUGGUGAGCUGAGUACGCGACAUAUCAACUCUACCGUUACAGUAUGCGGGUGGCUUGAAUAUUGUCGACUGUCAUCUCGUUUUCUUGUUCUUCGUGAUGAUCGUGGUUUAAUACAAAUAUAUUGUGACAAAAAUUCUCUCCAAAUUCCGCAACUUACUUUUGAGUCUGUCCUGAGAGUGACUGGUAAAGUCCAAGCACGUCCGGAAAAGGAUGUGAAUAAGCUUAUGCCAACUGGCGAUAUUGAAAUAGUUGCCGAAAGCAUUGAAAUCCUCAGUCGUUCGUCUUUACUUUCCUUUCUUCCGAAAGAUGCAGCGAAUGUCAACGAAACAGAAAGAUUAAAAUAUCGUUACCUUGAUCUUCGGUCGUCGAAUAUGCAAGGAAACAUUCGGUUUCGUUCAUCUAUCACAUUGCAAAUGCGAAGCUUCUUGUGUCAAAAUAAUGGUUUUAUUGAAAUCGAAACUCCAUAUUUGUUCAAAAUUACUCCAGGGGGUGCCCGUGAGUUUAUUGUACCUACCAAGUUUCCUGGAUUAUGGUACUGCUUACCUCAAAGCCCCCAACAAUUCAAGCAACUUUUGAUGAUAAGUGGAUUUAGUAAGUAUAUGCAGAUCGCCAGAUGUUUUCGCGACGAGACCUCUAGGUCUGACAGACAGCCCGAGUUUACUCAGUUGGACAUAGAAAUGGCAUUUAUCACUCCAGAUGAUAUUUAUGAAAUAAUUGAAAAUAUGUUGUUAUAUAUUUGGCCUACAGUUCAGAGUACUUCAGGUUGUCGACCAAUUUCGGCACCUUUUUUGCGCAUGAAAUAUUGUGAUGCUAUGUCACGAUAUGGAAGUGACAAACCAGAUAUACGCUUUGGUUUCUUAUUUUCAUAUUCCGCGGUUGAUGGACACACCGGUUUUAAUAUACCAAGGAAAUACUCAUCAAGUUUAAGUGCUGAAGAUUGGGACUCCUUGGAGGAUUUGGUUUUUCGCCUAACGGGCCAAAGAAUAUCAAUCUUUGCAGUUCAAAAUAUCAAGUCAAAACACUUGGACUUACUAAAUUUAUUAAAGCCAGAGUGUGGUGAUUUAGUCGUCUUCAUUAAAGGAAAUACAGAAACUGAGUUAAAAGCAUUGGGAAUGGCACGAGUUGAAGUCGCUAAACUUAUUGAUUCGAAAGGUUUGUCAAUAUAUGAACCUGGAUUCCAUUUCCUUUGGGUAAAUCAAUUUCCAUUGUUUGAAAAAAAUAACUUAGGUCAAUGGAUAUCAGUGCAUCACCCAUUCACUGCUGCGUCGCCAGAGACAGCACAUUUCCUGUACACUGAUCCGAGCAAAGUCAUCGGUUUACAUUACGAUUUAGUUUGUAAUGGUCAAGAAGUUGGAGGUGGUUCAAUUCGGAUACAUAAUCCUGAGGUACAAAGGUAUAUUUUUACCGAAAUUCUCAAGGAAAAUUCUUGUGAAAUGGAAUACUUUUUAACUGCCCUAAAUUCUGGAGCUCCACCGCAUGGUGGGAUUGCGUUAGGUCUUGAUCGUUUAAUUGCAAUAUUUGUAAAUGCCAAAUCAAUCAGAGAUGUAAUUGCUUUCCCAAAAGCGGCUGAUGGGAAAGAUCUCUUAUGUGGGACACCAACUAUGGUAGAUGAUGAAAUCUUAUCACAGUAUUGCAUUUCUGUUUCUAAUCUUAAUAAAAGUUGAUUUCU